AUGAUGGCCGCCAUGCCCUAUGUCGAUAUACUGUUUGGCAACGAACAGGAAGUUGAAACUUUCGCCAACGAACAGGGUUGGGAGGAGACGAAAGACCUCGAGGUGAUCGGUCGCAAAUUGUUCGCCCUGCCCAAGGAGAAUAGCCAGCGCGAACGUAUUGUGAUUAUAACUCAGGGCCAUUUGCCGGUGCUGCUCUUUAAGGAUGGCAAAAUUCACGAAUACGAAGUGCCGCAGUUGUCGCGCGAACAAAUGGUCGACACCAAAGGGGCGGGUGAUGCCUUUGUUGGUGGCUUCUUGGCCCAGUAUGUGCAAGAGAAACCGUUCGAUGUGUGUAUACGUUGCGGUAUAUGGUCGGCGGGUGAGAUUAUUAAACGUAGCGGUUGUACGUUUGAGG